ACCAUCUAAAUUCUGGAAUAUGACGACGGAAAACGCUCAAGCAUCAUCGAAGAAAGGAAAGAACAUUGGUGAUGCUGCUGAUGAUGAUAGACUAUUAGCAGAUGAAAUAGAACGUAUAAGAAAUAACAAGAAAAUAAAGAUUGAUGAUGCAAGUAAUAGUAAGGCAGCUUCAAAGAAGGGCAAGAAAAUAGUUGUUCAAGAUGAUACAGCCAUUCAGACACCGACUUUGGCAGGAAGAAGUAAUACUGACUUCUUCGUUGACAUGCUUGAAUCUCUAAACAAGAAUCAAAGAAGAGCUGUUCGAGAGAUUGAGUUUGGUGCACUCCUAAACUUCAAUAUAAGAAGUUUCCCAAGAUCAUUGGCAUAUUAUCUGAUUUACAACUUUAACCAUAAAAGUUCAUCAAUUAAAUUGAACAGCGGGGAAUCAUUGUUUUUAGAUGAUGAAGAUGUUCACAUAACUCUUGGGUUCUCGAUCGAAUCUUUACCUAUGAAUAGGAUCAAAUUUCAGAAAAAUAUCAACAUCAAAACUCAAAUUGCUAGAUUUUGUAAAGGUGGAGAGAAAAAAAUGGUGCCAGCUUAUGUUGUAGAGCAGAUGAUGAAAGACGAAGAAGGUGGUGAGUGGUUCAAAUGGAAUUUUAUGGUUCUCGUGGAGUAUGCCUUGAUUAACACUCCUGCUGAUGGAAAUGUAAGCCCACAAAUUUUAGAUUACAUAGCUGAUGUUGAGAAGAUCAAACAAUACAAUUGGUGUAGCUAUGUCAUAUCUAAAUUGCUUGAAACACAAAAGAGAUGGAAAAGAAACACAACAAAGAUAUUUACCGGACCAGUUAUCUUUGUAGUGGCUUGUUACGUGGACAAAAUUGUCUUUGAAAAAAAAAUGGUGCCAAGAUGUUAUCCAACAGUUAAAGGAUGGACUGCCGAACUGUUGAAAGAAAGACAAAGAACAGAAAUGAAUGAUUCAGAUUUUGGUCUCGGUCAUAAGUAUGACCGAUAUAAAAAGCAACCACAUGAAGAGAAUGAUGAAAAUGAUGAAUCUGAAGAUGAAGAUGAUGAACCUGAAGAUGUAAAAGCUUUGAAUAAGAAUGAUCAUGAUGAAGAGGGGACAAUCAGUGGAAGUUAA